UUGAUAAGGGUUGAUGACAAUGGUUUCAAACUACUUUAUUGUUUGGUAUUUUAAAAAUACUGUAAAAUACUUCAUCGGAACAGAAAACCUGAUCCGGACCUGAAGAAGAGCUGCAGAAGAAAGUUCUACUAGAGACGAGCGAAGAGCAGCGAUGGUGAAGAACCACAGCAGAGAUUUCUCUGCACAGAGCGACAGCGAGGUGGAACGGUUACUGAGAGGAACACGGGAGGACAAAGAGGCUGUGGCGGCGGGAAACAGACUGGGAGACGCCGCAAAGCUGUGCAGUCGUGGCUGGUCUGGGAUCAGCCUGGUGGAGUUUAGGCUGCAGGAGUCUCUGUGUGUCAUGAAGGUCAUGAAGCCGCCCUGUUCCCUGUACUGCUGUCUGUGGUUCCUGCUGCUGCUGGGAGCCGGAUCUCUGCUGCUGCUGGUCCGCCUGCAGGACCUCACCGAGACGGUCCAGCAACAGACCCCAGGUGUGAAUGUGCUGGCGGCUCCCAGGUGGCCCGUGGAGAAGGAUCUGCAGGCCGAAGACGCCGCUGCUGACACGGACUUUAAGGUCUCGUCUGAUUCGUCUCCGUUGAUGCUCGAAGACUCUGCGGUCGCGCUGGCUGCGGAUCAGCUGUCAGGAAGGUCUCAUGCGUUCUUGUCUUUGUGUUUCUCUGCAGGUGUGAAUGUGCUGGCGGCUCCCAGGUGGCCCGUGGAGAAGGAUCUGCAGGCCGAAGACGCCGCUGCUGACACGGACUUUAAGGUCUCGUCUGAUUCGUCUCCGUUGAUGCUCGAAGACUCUGCGGUCAGCUCCACGCAGCCGGUCACCAAACGCCACAGGAAGCUGCUUCUGAAGAGGAACUUUGCAGCUUCCAGCGCUCCUGUUGGCGGAGAAGACGAACUGCGACCGCUGCAGCGGCUGGCGAGGACGCAGGAGUCCCGGCGCCGCCUGCUGGCCGACGUCUGUGCCAAAUACCAGCCGGGCGUCACCCAGCAGCGCGUCUCUCGGCGGCAGGUGUCGCGGGUUUACGUGGAGGACCGGUCCAGGCUGCUGUACUGCGAGGUGCCCAAAGCCGGCUGCUCGAACUGGAAGCGGGUGCUGAUGGUGUUGGGCGGCAGCGCCACCUCCACACGAGAAAUUCCCCACGACGCGGCUCAUUACGCCAACCAGCUGCGGCGGCUGGAGAGCUACAACCACGCCGGCAUCGCCGAGAGACUCCGCUCCUACACCAAAGUGCUGUUCGUCAGGGAGCCCUUUGAGCGCCUGGUGUCGGCGUUUCGGGACAAGUUUGAGAGUCCGAACUCGUACUACCACCCUGUGUUCGGACGCCCGAUCAUCUCCAGGUACCGCGCCAAUGCCACGCGCGCCGCCCUGAGGACCGGCGCCGGCGUCACCUUCAGGGAGUUCAUCCAGUACCUGCUGGACGUGCGGCGGCCCGUGGGGAUGGACAUCCACUGGGAGCCGGUCAGCCAGCUGUGCAACCCCUGCCUGCUCAGGUACAACUUCAUCGGGAAGUUUGAGAGCCUGGAGGAAGAGGCCAACUUCCUGCUGCAGAGCGUGGGCGCGCCAGGGAACCUCACCUUCCCCGACUUCAAAGACAGAAACCCCCUCGCGGAGAGGACGUCCUCCUCCAUCACCCAGAGGUACUUUGCACAGCUGAACUCCACAGAGAGGCAGAAGGCCUUCGACUUCUACUACAUGGAUUACCUGAUGUUUAACUACCCCAAACCCUUCAAAGACCUGCACUGAGCCGGGCGCCACGGGAUGUUACGGCGCCACGGGACCGAGUGAUCCAACAGUGAGGCCGUGGCCCAUAAUGCACUGCUUGAACCUUUAGACCUGUUCUAACAGCUGAGUCCUGGGUGUUGGCUUGUUUACCCACAAUGCAGCAGGAGUGACAGGAACAAUAAGUGUUAAUAUGGUGCACAUCACUGAACCACUGACGAGUCGCUGUGGACUUUAAAUCAGAACUGUAGUCGUGUUCAGCGGCUUUAAUCUGACUGGUUCAGUCCGUCGUCAGCAGACUCAACACCUGAACGCCAGCUCUGAGCCACACCGGAACACCUGACCCGACCCGUCAGAAUCUCUUUGUUCCUGCGUCGUUCUUUACAGAGAACCUAAUUUAUCAGCUUCUUUUCACAUCUCUGAAAUUACUGCGGUGACGGACAGGUGUACUCCAGGACAUCACGGGUGCCCAGUGUGGAAAUAACGCGCUGCCUCAGAUCAUCAGACCCAGUGAAGAAACUGCGAGUCAUUAAAACGACAAAGUAGUGAAUUAAGACUUUACGGAGAAGUUCAGGUGCAGCAGAGAGCUGACAGGUUUCAUUUAAUUAAAUACCGGUGAAAUCAGAAAGUAAAGCAGCCCGACGCAGAAAAACACAACACCAGUAAACGUGGGAGAGACGUCACUGAAGAUUAAUAACGGCAACAAGAUUAAUGAUAGUGAUACUUGUUAUUGGCCCAUAAAUAAAAAAGGUCUGAAGUACAAUAUAUGCAAAACUUAAAGUAUACACUGUUAGGAUAAACUCGUUGCCGAGUGAGGGAUCAUUUCGCUCGCCGUCUGAAUGCCGCUGAGGCUGCAGGUCGUCUCCUCGCGUGGACAGCAGCUGGUCUGCAGGUGUUCGUCUGUGUGUCGCUCAGAGCCGCCAGAGAGACAGUCAGGAUGAUUGACAGCUAUCGAACGGCAGGAGGUCGUUGCUGACUGCAGAAAGCUUCACCUGCGGCGGCGGCGGUGGUGGAGGACAGUUGUUAUUUGCCAAACAAACUUUAUCUUUCUGCCUUUUCUUCUGUUGUAGCCUUCAGUUCACGUCACCACACAGAAGCAACUUAACGCUGCUUAAACGACUUCUGUGAAGUUCAUCUUGAAAGAGUUCCUCUGAGACGGCGUCCACGUCCGGCCGUCUGAUAAACAACAACAAUACUAACAAACAACGCCAGCCGCCUGAAACACCAGCUCAGUUUUAUUCUGAAGGGCGGCUGAAACAAAGAGCAACAACACGUGUGAAGACGAAUCGUGCUCGUCUCUGCAGGUCUGACGUCAGGACAGACGACCUGAAGCCUUAACACUGCCAUUUCACCUGAUGCAUUACGUCGGCUGUUUUAAACGUUGCUCAGCAAAUAAAUGUGUGAGACUCUUGUUA